AUGGAAAGUGAAUGGCCAAUUAAAGGACAGCAAGUCAUAGAAAGUGGUCUAGAAGAGUUCAAGGUCCUUCUAAGUAACUCAGGCUGGUCUACUGUAGAAGACAAACAAGGGGUUUUAACAACCUCUCAGACCUAUGAACGAACUUUUUACACAAAAUCAAUCGCCGAUGUCAAUGCAUUCCCAGACACAAUUAUCAAUUUUUUCAGCGACCCUGCCAAUAUAAAGCUCUGGAAUCCCAAAGUUUAUAAUCAGCAGGUCUUAUUAGAGUCUGGCAACCUCAAGCUUAUUAAAUUCCAAAUAAAACAUAAAUGGCCUAUAGAAGAUCGGGAAUUUUUAUAUGUCAGCAAAACUUUUACUAUGCCAGAAGGGCCUGUUUAUUUAAUUGAAAAAAGUAUUGAUUUGCCGUCAAUUCCAGUAGCUAAAAAGCAUAUACGAGGAUUUUAUCAUUGUGGGUAUUUAUUUGAGCCAAAAGACGAAGAAAUGACAAGGGUAACGUUGAUUUCUGGAAUAAAUCCUAUGGGAAGUGUCCCGUCUGCAAUAAAGAAUAAAAUAGCUAAGAAAUGGGUGGAUCGGCUGAAAAUUGCAAAAGAAAAAUUUGAUAAAAAGGAAUAA